CUCUCCCCUAAUGCGGAAAUAGAAAGGGGGAUUCCUGGUGCAGGUUAGCUUGGCGCUGUCGCUUUGACAGACAACCACAUCAGAAGAAUGUCAGAACUACCGAUGGGAAAUUAAUUUCAUCAGAUUUGAAUAGAAAUACAACCUGGAAGUGGUGUUAGUUGCGGAAAAUACGCUUGGUCUGCCACAGUCAACCCAGAGCUAAAUUAGCUAACACCAACUAGCUAUACGUAUACAAAUAAAAGCAGCAUGGUACAACCCCAGACAGACACCUGGGAUAUGGCCGGGGACGAGGGAGGCGGGGCUCUCCGGGUUCCACCUGAGCUGGCAGCCAAUGAGGUGGUGACCAGACUACUGGGAGACAACCAGCAGCUCCGAGAGGCGCUGCAGCGCAGCAACCAGGCCCUGCGUCAGCGCUGUGAGGAGAUGGAGGAAUGGCAACGGAGGUCUAGAGAAGAGAGAGACUUCCUCAGCUGUCGUUUCCAGGAGGCCCGGGCGCUAGUGGAGAGACUGGCCAGGGAGAACCAUAGCCUCACUAGCCUGGCCAGCCCCUCCAACCCCGGAGACAACCAAGGCCUGCUGGUCAACGACCCCAGUUUCAGCCAGGACUCCUGCCCCAACUCCACCAACUGCAGCUCCAAUGGGGGUCCUGGGAGGGGAGGAGAGCAGGAGAAGAGCUCAGAGACCAACGGAACCAUGGCAUCCUCACUGGUGACAGAGAGCGGGAUGGAGAAGAGAGCAGAGGAGAAUGAACAGAUGGUGCUCCACAGCUUGCCCUCAGAACGAGGGAACGGGUUUCUCCAGCUGCUGAAGAGCCACAAAGAGAAGUUGGAAGAAGGGAUGAGAGAUCUGAGGUUGAGGAAUGAAGAGCUGGAGAAAGAGAGGGAUGAGGGAAAGCGGGAGAGAGACUGCCUUCGUCGCUCAGUUGAGGAACUCGAAACCAAGCUGGUUCAGGCGCAGAGCUGUGGUGUUACCGAGGAAACGGUUCAGCAUUCCGAAGCCCCUCCCCCAUCUGACAGCUCCCACCUGGCCAAACUCACAGAGCAGCUACAAGCCACACAGUGCAGGUACAGAGAGCUGCAGGAGAAGUUAGAUUCCCUCCAGAAGAGUUCAGCUCAGAGAGACAGAACUGAAGUGCUGCUUAAACAGAAGGACAAAGACUGUACACAGCUGGCUAAGGAUGGCGAGGCGCUGAAGGCCCAGGUGACGUCUCUUCUGGGUGAGCUGAGAGAGAGACAGAGCUGUCUGGACCAGAGUCAGCAGGACCGCAACAUACUGGACGACAAGCUGAGCAGUACUCGGGAGGCGUUGGCAGCAUCAGAGAGAGAGAUGGACCAACAGAGGAAGCAGCACUCUGUGACUGUAGACAAACUACUGCUGCAGACGCACAACCUGGAGACUGCCCUGAAGACUGACCGCCUGGUUAUUACUGAGGAGAGGAGGAAGCUAGCCCAGCUGCAGCAUGCCUACACCUGUCUGUUUAAGGACUACGACUCCAAACUCAAGACCGAGGGAGGAGACAUGGUUGUUCGUCUGGAGGAGGCAGAGAGAGCGUUGGCUCUGAAACAGGAUCUGAUUGACAAGCUGAAGGAAGAGGUGGAGCAACAGAGAGGAUCUCUGGAGACCGUUCCUGUUCUCACUGCCCAGGCUGAGAUCUACAAGGCAGACUUCCUAGCGGAGCGAGAGGCCAGAGAGAAGUUGAACCAGAGGAAGGAGGAGCUUCAGGACCAUCUGAACAAAGCGUUGGCUGAGAUGGAGCGUCUGAAACAGGAGGGGACCUCACGGGCUCGUAUGGAGGAGAUGCAGCAGAGACACCUGGACGACUUCAUACCACGACCCAACAUCCCCCCACAACAAGGGGGUGCCUUUAACACGGUUCCUCCCCCUUCCUCCUUCCGCAGCGUGGGAUUGGCUGCAGGAGUGGCAGGGGGUGUCUCUGGAGGCGGGGCUGAAGAGCUUCCUGACUACCGCUGUCCAAAGUGCCAGUACCAAGCCCCCGACAUGGACACACUGCAGAUACAUGUCAUGGACUGUAUCCAGUAACACACACACAGAGACACACAGAGACACACACACACACACACACAGACACACACACACACACACACAGAGACACACACACACACACACAGAGACACACACACACACACAGAGACACACACACACACACAGAGACACACACACACACACACACACACGUAAUUGCACAGUCACUCACACUAGCGAUGAGCGGGUCAGCUGUUUGUUCACCUGCCUGCAGUUGCUAAUCACCCAUCACCAACCGCCCGACUAGAUAAAGAGAAGGUCUGAGGCCGUUCCCCGCUAAUAUAGAAAAUACGCUGAAGUCAAAUAAAUAUUGCAUAACGAAUAUUUUUAUGACAGGCCUUUUUAUAUAGGACCAUAUGCUUCUGCUUCUUACCAAAGUGUGUGUUUGUUCGUCAACUGAUGUAGAUACAUGCAGCUGUCAUUAUGUUAACCUAGAAGACGACCCCUUACUCACCAGAAUGUCAGAAAUCAAUAGAAUGAAUGCUUCAAUCUACUUGAUAUCGGUAAAGUUCGUUUUCUCUUAAAUCUCUGCUUCUGUCACACAGGAACUGCGUUUAGGGACCGGGGAGAAAAUGCAAUAAUCCCCCCUAAAAUACAUGAGAAAAUUUCUGUUAAAAAUUUUCCGAAUGAAAUCAGUUUGACCAGUUUUAAGGACAUUAAAAGAUGUUAAAACAACCAAA